AUGUCUACGUCGGCCAGUGCCCUUGUGGGAGAGAGCGGUACUCUCCUCCGAACCUAUCGACUCGCGAACCAUCGGUUCUUGACACUGGCCCAAGGUUCAGUCGUCGAUUUUGCUUCCAAGAAAGGUGCCAUUGUCAAUGCUGCCAACGAAGGUUGCUUGUUUGGUGGAGGAGUUGACGGCGCUAUAACAUCUGCGGGAGGGCCCAAUCUCGCCGAGGAUAGGCGCAAGCUGCCACGCAUAAGUAGCGAUGUCCGCUGUCACACAGGCGACGCCAAAGUCACUGGCCCUGGAGACUAUGGAGAUCUGCGUGUACCCUUUGUCAUUCACGCGGUUGGCCCCAACUAUUGGAUGUAUGACGAGGACGGAGAUGUACAAACGCCGCAUCGACUGCUCUACUCUGCCUACAAAUCAGCUCUGGAUUGCACGGUUGAUCAACCCAUAAAAGAGGUGGCAUUUGCAUUGCUGUCUGCGGGGGUCUUUCGCGGGGGUCAAAGUUUGGGUAGAGUUCUCGCCAUUGGAGUUUCAGCCAUUCGAGACUGGGCCGAAGACAAUUCCAACUCCAGCGUGACUGAUAUAGUCCUCUAUGCCUUUACAAAUCGAGAGGCAAAGACUCUCUUGCAUGUUUGUCAUCGUAUUUUACUGGACAACGGGGGGCACUCUGCUAGCGGUGACUCCGCUGCAACUGUGGACACCAGUGAAAAAGAAGAAGAUGCAGACGCUUCCACUAAAGGUGCUGCCGACAAAGAGGCAUCGGCAGAGGUUCCUCAGGAAGACGACGACAAAAUGCAAGCCAGUGCGUCCAUGGAUGACGAAACUGGUGACUCCAAAGCGAAAGAACCGGCGGGAGCUGGGGAAGAAGUAGAAGCUACGCAAGAAGGAGAAUGUCCCGAUGAAACCAUGAUGAAUGACGACAAGGAGGAAGCAAAGCAGAGUUCCACAACAGAAGGAGCAACCCCAGACACAGGCAAGUCUGACGACGCUGCUGCAAAUGACGACGAGAAGAAUUCAUAG